AUGGGGGCGGCGGCGGCGGCGGCGUUAGUUAUAAUCGAGAUUUCGGAGGAGACCAAGACUACCAUUUGUGGGCAAAAAAAGAGAGAGUCCGAUGCAGAGAAAGAACGUAAGAAAGAUGAGAGAUACAACUUGUCAUACGCACUAGAAAAAGAGAGGCUUGAAUUAGAAAAAAGAAGGGCUGAAGCUGAAGAAGUGAUGGCUGCAAAUGAGGCCAGAAGUCUGGAUAUAAAGGAACAUGAAUUACAGUACAAGGAAAAUGAACUGCAGCACAAGAGAAUGUUAGACGAAGAGAGAAUUAUGACAAUGGAUACUUCUUCCAUGCCUACUCAGCUCCAAGAAUAUUACAAGACCAUACAAGAUGAGAUCAUCGCUCGUCGUUUAGCAAAAAAGUAG